AUGUCGACUGACUCUACCACAAUCACUGCCAUUACCAACGUGCGGAUCUUCGAUGGCAAGACGAUUCAAGAUCCCAGCAUACUCAUCAUCAAUGGCGAUGUAAUCGGACGCCCUGACACAACCCCCGAUGAAACCAUCGAUGCUGGGGGGCUGAUACUCCUCCCUGGCUUGAUCGAUGCCCACGUUCAUCUCACCAGCCGCGACGACCUCGCAAAAAUGGCCAAAUAUGGCGUCACGACUGCGUUUGACAUGGCCACCUGGCCAGCCGAACUACUCAACUCCCUCCGCAACCAAAAGGGGGUUACCGAUAUUCGCGGCUGUGGCCUCGCUGCUACAGCCCCAGGCAGCACACACAGCCGCAUACCAACCAUGCCCCAAGACGCACUUGUAUCGACUCUUGUCGAAGCAGAAGAAUUUGUCGAGAGGCAAAUCGCGGAGGGUGCAGACUACAUCAAGAUCGUCGCGGACGUGCCCGGGCCCACUCAAGAGUGCCUCGACGCAUUGGUUAUAGCGGCCCAUUGUCGCAAUAGGCUUGCUAUUGCCCAUGCCGUGAGUCUGGAAGCGACUCGCAUGGCGCAGGCUGCGAAUGUCGAUGUCAUAACCCAUGCUCCGCUGGACGGGCUGAUGAGUGAUGCAGAGGUGCAGAAAAUGGUCCAGGAAGGCCGGCUCUCGAUCCCGACUUUGACCAUGAUGAAGGGCGUUUCACGUAUACGAGGGAAAUAUGAGUAUGCCCAUGAUACCGUUGCUGCUUUGUACCGUGCCGGUGUGCCAAUUCUGGCUGGCACGGAUGCGAACAGCGCCCCAGGCGUCCCAGCGAAUGUGGCUCAUGGUGUUGCUUUACAUGAGGAGUUGGAGCUUCUUGUUAAUUGUGGACUGUCAAAUUCUGAUGCCCUCCGCGCAGCCACGGAGCUACCGGCUAGUUACUUCAGACUCCAUGACCGGGGAGUGAUUGAAGUUGGCCGCAGAGCAGAUCUUGUCUUGGUCAGGGGCAAUCCAUUAGAGAAUAUCCAAGCAACUCGGGAGAUAGAAAGGAUCUGGAUUGCUGGGAAGGAUUUGGAUAUUGGGAAAUAA